AUGACUUAUGCUCACUCUUCCACAGCAUUGAACAUGACAUCAUCGACAACGGUUGCCUUUCCAGGGGAAGGGUCAAACGUAACGUCCGCCUCAAGCAAAGUGCGGAAUGGAAUCAUAGGCCAGGAAUUCAGUGAAUGGUUCAGGGUCAUCGUGGAUGUCUGGAUCAGCUCUAUUCUCUCCGCGCUUGGAGUGACCACCAACGCCCUGGUCAUCGCUGUGUUUACUAAACAAGGCUUCAAAGAAAACAUCGCCAUCUCGAUGACUGCCAUUGCCGUUUGGGAUUUUCUAAAGUGCCUAUGUGGCCUCUUAGGCCGGCUGUACUGGACCAUGAGCCUGGCUGACACAGUCUUCGGAAAGAUGUGGCUGGAAUUGUCUGCUAUUCUACUCAGCUACUUACACAGUUUUAUGGGGUUCGUGUCUUGCGCUCUGGCAGCUUAUGUCUCCACAGAGCGAUGCUUGUGUGUCAGCAUGCCCUUCAAGGUUAAAGACAUAUUCACUAGAAGGUUGACCAUUACCAUGAUGAUGAUCAUAUCUACAGUUGUCUUCGGUUCUUUCAUGGUGGUAUUCCCUCUCUGGGAAAUUACAGUAAUCUUCGACCCCGGUCGAAACGCAAGUAUAACCACCUUGGCUUUCAGCGAUUUCCACAGCCGUUUUGGUGUACCCGUAUUGUUGUACUACAACAUAAUAAGCAUUUUCUGGCCGUUAUCAAGCUUUGUUUUUAUAGUCGUCAAUGCUGCUAUAAUUGUACACCACUUGCAGAAAUCUUCCGACUUCCGUGGGAACAAUGUGAAGGAACAAGAGAAUCAGAUGUCCUCUAGGGAUUUGCAAGUUGUCAAAAUGCUCAUGGUCAUCAUCGCCGUUUACAUCGUGAAUCCGUUCCCGCGAAUUGUCCAGUAUUUUGCGAGAUUCUUUGAACCUGAGUUGUAUAUUCGCAUGAGGUAUCAGAACAUGUUCAUAGUUAUGAUUCAUGUCGUCUUUGUUUUUGACUUUCUCAAUGCGUCUACCAACCUCUUUAUUUUUAUAGCCAUGAGUUCGAAAUUCAAAGCUACCUUUGUAAAGAUGGUGGGUCACUGGUGGAUAGCAAGAGAGAAGAAAGAAAAACUUUAA